AUGGGACCCACGACCCAGAAUGCGAAGAACAAUGGCGAAGCCUCAGGUAGCGCCGCGGGAGGUUCGCUGCCUCGAGCGGCUGUCAAAAAGCCAACGAAAGAAGCUGUCAGUAGCCAUCCAACUUGCCAGGCGAACGCACCGCGGGUCGAAGUACUCAGGACCUAUGGAAACGUCUUCCUGGAGUACACCCUGAUGAAUGAAUACGCAAUUUUCCGGAAGAAAUUCCUACCUGGGGUUUACAUUAUGCCGUCUUUCGAUUCCGCCCUGAAAUGGUUUUGUGUGAUCUUCAUACGAACUGGAAUUUAUGAAGGUGGAGCGUUUCGUCUCCUACUGGAAAUGUCGCCUCUUUAUCCGGAAGGAGGGGUUCCGAGGGUCAUAUUCGACCCUCCGGUAUUCCAUCCCUUGAUACACGCUAUCACAGGCGAAAUGGAUGUAUCUUGUAAAAUCGCUAAAUGGAGGAGGGAAGAAAAUCAUAUUUACCAAGUUGUGGAAGCUGUGAAGAGUUUAUUCGAAAAAAUCCCAGAAGAUUCGAAAGCCGCCAACAGAGAAGCAUCUAAGCUGCAUAAGAAUAAUCCCGAAGAAUUCAAAAGAGUGGUGGAAGAGUGCAUUGCUCAAUGUAUGGACCACCUCCAGCGGGAGAGUCCCGCGGGAGAUCCGAACAAUUUUGACUUUGUAGCUCACGACGCGCACGAUCUUUCACUAUCUUUUGAUGAAUCUAGUCUCUUCAGUCUGCGGAUGGACUCGUCCGAGUGCUCAACCGAGGCAACAAAGAGUCCCCAGAGGUUACAAGGUCUCUCUUGGAUGCGCGACGGGAAACCGUGGGCCAAGGAAGGAAGCUAGUACGAAGUUCCGCGUAUCAUCGACCGAUCUACGGGUCGGUUGGACCUGUAAACAUCUGUACAGAGAGAAAGACAGCACCGGGAGACCUCAAUGUCCAUAGAGCGACAAUCAUUUUGAAAUCAACACCCUCGGAAAUCCACUCAUCGGUCUCCCGCGUGUGAAUCGUUGUGAUGCAUGCUACACUUUCUAUGGUUUCCUCUUCCCGUUAUGAUAAUUUACCAGCGAAGCUUUUGUUGGUUGAUGCUCUGUACUGAUGAGUCAUUGAAGAAUGAUUUCGCUCCUCUUCGUAGUUAAUUAUACCGCUCGCCCGCGAGCGAACGUUACCUAGAAGCCUCUAGUCGAUGAAGGUAGUUAUGGCUGCCGCGUAUGUGUGUCCGAUGAAGGAUUUUGGAUUCCUUUCCCCCAUAUGAGGGGGAGGAAGCUAGAAUCACAAAUUUCUCAUGAGGGUAUGAAUGAAUGAGCGCAAGGAAGUCUGAGACGUUGCCAAGAGCUUAAAGGGUCACAAAUCACAAAACACGGUGAUCGCUUGACGAGAAGAAUGGAUUGAUGUUCUGUGUGGAAGCGGACCGUUAGGGAAACGGCGAGGGGCGCACCGAUGAGCCAUGAUGCUGGCGACGGAGCACCAUGGAAAUGCGAGAUCUCUUCCUGACUUCUCUUCAGUCCCCUUCGAACGUUCUGUCCUGCAAUCUCUUCAUCAGAUGGUUUCAAGAUUCGCUUCCUUCGGAGGGAAGUGAUUCUCCUGACAUGGAAGCCUCCAGGCGCUCCUGUGAGGUUAAGCGAUGCUACUGGCUAUGAAAGUCGAAAAGCCCAGCCCGAGCCCCUCGCGGUGUGCCACUGCGGAAUGCUAUCUUUCAUGAGGAGAGUUUGGAGGGAAUAAAAGAAGAACAAUUUUCUC